GUCUACAGCGGGUGGGAAAAAAACCAUUGCCUAGGACAUAACCCAGAUCAAAACAAAUGUUAUUGUCCAGUGGUGGAGCGGCGAUUUAAAAGGCGAAAAACAGAGUUGUCUCAAAAAAUGUCCCGUAAGCUGGUUAGUGAUCUGAAACUUCUGAUAAAAUCAUUUUCAACUCACUGUACUUCAAUACAACAGUCAAGAUCUGCAUCAUCACUGGCAUUUAAGAAUGCAUACAUCAAUGGACAAUGGGUACCUGCUGAAGAUGGAAGGACGUUUCCAGUAAGGAAUCCAGCAAAUGGAGAUUUGAUCAGUGAAGUACCUGAUAUGCAAGCCAAAGAAACAGAAACAGCAGUGAACCAUGCAUCUGAUGCCUUCAAACGGUGGAAAAAUUACACAGCUAUUGAAAGGAGUAUAUUGUUAAAGAAAUGGCAUGACAUAAUGACAAAGAACCAAGAAGGUUUGGCUCAAAUUGUAACAGCGGAGAAUGGAAAACCUCUCGCAGAGGCUAGAGGUGAAAUCACAUACGGCUUAUCAUUUGUGGAAUGGUUUGCGGAGGAAGGCAAGCGAAUCUAUGGAGAUGUAAUCCCAUCUGCAUUUCAGUCCAAAAGAUUACUACACCUAAAGCAACCAGUGGGGGUGUGUGGUAUCAUUACACCGUGGAACUCUCCAAGCGCGAUGAUCCUAAGGACAGUUGGCGCUGCUCUGGCAGCAGGAUGUACUGUGGUUGUUAAGCCGGCUGAGGACACGCCACUAUCAGCACUUGCCACAUGCUAUUUUGCAGAGCAAGCUGGAAUUCCUGCUGGUGUUUUGAAUGUUGUCACUUGCUCUCAGCAACAUGUUUCUGAGGUUGGCAGGGUUCUUUGUCAGAGUCCAAAAGUUUCCAAGAUAUCAUUCACUGGAUCCUCAGCUACGGGAAAGAUCUUAAUGAAGCAAUCAGUAGACACAGUGAAGCGUGUUUCGAUGGAGCUUGGAGGACAUGCUGCGUUCAUCGUGUUCAAUUCAGCCGAUGUUGACGCUGCAGUGGUAGGUGCGGUCGCUGCAAAGUUCAGAGGAGCAGGUCAGACAUGUAUUAGCCCAAAUCGAAUGUUAGUGCAAGAAGAAGUAUAUGAUGAAUUCUGUGAGAAGCUCGUCAAAGUUGUAAGUCAGUUUGUGGUUGGUGAUGGUCAAGAGGAUGGUACCACACAAGGACCACUGAUUCAUGAAAAAGCAGUUAACAAGGUUGAUUCUCAUGUGAAGGAUGCAGUAGCUAAAGGUGGUAAAGUUCUGAUUGGUGGUGAAAGACAUGUGAAAGGGCCAACAUUUUACAGCCCAACAGUGAUACGUGACAUCACUGAAGAUAUGUUGGUGUGCAGUGAAGAAACAUUUGGGCCACUCGCGCCAGUAAUAAAAUUUAAGAAUGAAGAGGAAGCAGUACUUCUUGCUAAUUCCACUAGAUUUGGUCUUGCCGGUUAUUUUUACUCCCAAGACAUCCGGCAAAUAUGGCGAGUUGCCGAAGACCUUGAGGUUGGAAUGGUUGGGAUUAACGAGGGAAUUAUCUUCUCUCCAAGCAUUGCCUUUGGAGGCAUCAAGGAAUCAGGCCUCGGCAGAGAAGGAUCUAAAUAUGGCAUUGAUGAAUAUCUUAAUAUCAAGUACACUUGCUUUGGAGGAAUAUGUUAAAUAUUAGUAGAGAAUAUUAAGAUUGGUCAUGAGUACAAUUCCUUGCAUGGUCACCUCUUUGGUUGACAAUGGUAUGUGACAAAUAAGAGAUGUAUAAUGUACACCUACCACAACAUUUUAGCAUGUAUUGUAUAAUCCAGUUUUAACUAUAUUCUUUAUCUUAACUGCUUGUGUAAACAUUAUAAACAAAAUGAAUGUUAAUACAGGUGGUUAAGAUGACUAUAAUCGUGUAUAUUAUGGUGAUUUAUAAUAGAAAAUCCUGGCUCUUCCAUCAAUUAAUUAUGUAUGUGCAGCAUGAGUUGGUGGGCCUAGUGACAUUUUAACCAUUGAGAGGUUACAAAUAAGAAUGGCAAGGGUAAUUCUGAAGUCUUCCUGCACCACUAAGAGACUUUAUUUAUUGAUCUAGGGUGGUAUACUAUUUCUUUACAAGAUAUCAUUA